GUUUCAUUUCGUUUAUACUCGUACUAUUUCCCAUCCCUGUUUUGUUUUCAUUCGGUUCGCUGUCACUUUUCCCGUAAUUAUUUGCAAUAAAUUAGAAUGUCUUUCAAGUCAGGAAGUGUCACCACAUCCCCGCCGGUGGGCGACGAAAGCUGGCUCGGGUGGUUUUUAAGCCAGGAGGGCAACGAGUUCCUGUGCCGCGUGCCCUCGGACUACAUGAUGGAUAAGUUCAAUCUCUGCGGCCUGGACACUAUGGUAACGAAUUAUACUGCAGCUUUGAAUGCCAUACUGGAUUCGGAAUAUUGCCUCAACAAUUGGGUGGGCGAGGGUACCAACGUUGAAUCGGAGUGGCUGUACGGCUUGAUUCAUGCGCGCUACAUUAUGACGCCAGGCGGCAUCGAUGCCAUGCGCAAGAAGUUCGAUUAUGGCGACUUUGGGAUCUGUCCCCGGGUGUAUUGCCGUGGCCAGCACGUCCUGCCCAUUGGGCUCAGCGAAGAGUAUAACGAUUCGAUGGUGAAGAUCUACUGCCCACGUUGCCUGGAUAUCUUUGAUCCGCCGCAGGCCAGUGCCAUGUUGGCUGGCUGCAUGUUUGGGACAAGCUUUCCCCAAAUGUUCUUCAUGGAGCUGCCCUCGCUGCGCCCACAGCCGCCCACAGAAACAUAUGUGCCACGUCUCUACGGGUUUCAGGUGCACAAGAGCGCUUUGCAUCCACCUUCAGAGGAUAUGGACUCCUAGAUUCUAGGCCUUAACUACACCCACACAUUAUUUGGCAUCUAAACGGCAUUAACAUCAUGGCAUUAACUGAAUCACACACGAACAAGAUCCACUAUAAAAUACACUACAAAAUAGUUCGCUGGCAAUACCACGCACCUGGCUGGUCUCAAUA